CAAGCAGGCCUCCUGUCCACUGGUACGACAUCCCUGGUGAGCACAACGACGACGACGACGACAAUGGACUGCACUUGCUCGCGGUGACGCAUCGGUCACAGUCACAGCCACAGCGUCACUCUAUGGAGGCUUCUGCUCUGCUCUCGCUCUGGGCAAAGCAUGCUGGGCCUCCAUCCCAAGGCGCAGGCAACGCCAAAAAGCCGAGGGUGCAGCAUGUGGCACAAGUCGAGAUCAGCGAUGAGCUCAAGAGCGGCAGAGGUCUGGUACUCGCUCGGACAGUCAAGCCAGGCGAGGUGAUUCUGACGAUACCUCCCAGCAUGCUCUACAACACGGCAACAAUUCGCGUCUUCUUCCAGAACGCUGCCGAAGUACUUCCUACUUCACGGCGACCUUCUGACUCUAUCUCAUCGCCAUCUUCUGAGCUUGAUGCAGCUCUCCCACUCACCAGCGUCCGGGCGCUGUCAAUCUUGCUCGCCUCCUUUGCGAUGUACAAGGCGUCUGGCGAGCCAGAGCCCAGCACAUGGAGCACCGCUCAGACUGAGGCCUUGACAGAUCUCAACGUCUUCUACGCGUCUCUGCCGACUGCGUUCCCCACGCAUCCCCUUAUCUGGACUCUUCUCGCAGAAGGCGAUACGCAAUCUGCAAGAAACUACUCUGCUCUGCUGCGACACUUGCCGCGGUCCUGUCGAUCUAAGCUCGAAGAGGUAGUGUUGCAAUUUCAGAGCGACUGGACUGUCGUCAAUGCGAUCUUCCUCCAUCGCCCAGAUCUCCUGCCCUUCUUCCAUCCGUCUCCAUCUGGCAUAGCAUGCUCAAAGAUGGCCUAUGCCCAUGCCUGGCUCAGUAUCAACACACGCUCCGUCUACUACCCUCUCAACCUCCAGCCUCACUCGGACAAUCUCACACUGGCUCCACUGCUGGACAUGGCCAACCAUACUUCAGACGAGAGUAGCAUCUUCAAAGUAGCCAUCCUGGGCAUCCACCACGGUGCCGCCAAAGUACCUGUCAUCUUGCCUCCUGGUGCAGGAGGGCUAGAGAUAAGAGCUCCAAGCGGUGCUGAUACGCAGCUCUUGGCAACAGGCAGCGAAGUUCGGAUCCAGUAUGGAGCUCGAGACGAUGGCGUCCUCUUGGCAGAGUACGGCUUCCAUCUAUCCAACACAGCAGCAUCGUCACUUUCACCUGCCACGCUCAUCGGCAACCCCUACGCCUCGUUGUCCCUAGACAAGUACGUUGCUGAAUACAUGAGCACCCUUGACCCUGGCGAGGCAAAGGAGAAGCAGGACAGCCUGAUCGAAGCAGGCUAUUAUGGCGACUGGACCAUCCACCCGUACCCGACUCCCAUUGCGAGCUGGAGAACAGUAGUGGCGCUCCGCCUUCUCGUGCUAGUAAAGGGGAAUGCAGACACACAGCAGGAGCAGCAGGAGCAGCAGCAGCAGCUGCAACGGUGGAAGCUCCUCGUCGAGGGGCGCAUCUCGUCCAUCUCCCAGGAGAAUGACGUUGCGGCUCGACGACUGCUGCUGAGGCUGUGUGAGGCAGCACAGGUUGAUCUGCAGCGCACGAAGUGCAGUCUGCAGGCAGAACUGCGCAGCGGUAGCGGUAGCGAUAGCGACGGCGACAGCGUGAUUUCGACUGGUGAGCAAGUCGAGGAUGGACCGGCGUGGCGAGAGAGUCUAGGACUGGUGACCAGUCUCCUCGAGUGUGAGAUGGAGGUUUGUAGACGGGUCAGGGAGGUGGCGGGGAGCGGUACGCCUUGGUAGUGCGCGGAGGGAGCGGGGUAGAGUAGAGAUAGGGAAGAGGUCUGCGAAGGUUGGAUGUGUAGGGCUUGUAGGGAUCAGGGACAGUCAGAGGUCAUUUCAUGCAGGGAUCAUCUAGAUAGCAAGGCGGCACACUGAUUCAAGCAUGUGGCAACAUUAGCAUUACUGGGUUUGAGAGUCAUUACGCUGGAGCGCGAAAAAAGGAGCAAAAGUGCGAGAAUGGGAAGCAACUUGCGAAUAUAGAAAGCAGCUCUACCGUC